AUGCAGGUGAAUUUGCACAGUGUCAUGGGAAGGCCAUUCACAGUAAUAUACUUCAUAUCUUUAAUCCAGUCAUUGCUGAUUCCUAUAAAUCUGCUACAGACAUUUAUAUGUUAAUUAAGAUGAUGGAGAAAACUGGAAUG